UGCAUUCGGACUCAACAACUUGAACCCACAUUUUUCCCGAACUUUUUUAGUCGGCCUCAAGUUUAUCUUUUAAGCCAGGGUCCUGUUCCUUAUCACUUCUGCCUCCCCAGGAAGUUUCAUGUCUCGCAACAUGCGACAGUUCCAGUUUCCGGUCCUCUUCCACCUUUGUGUCGCAAACCGAACUUGAACCCGGCUUCAGUCACAUACACGCACACACUCGCUCAUUGUGACUGUGUCCACAUGAGACAGAGGAGGGCGCAUCUACACCGAUAGAAACUCUCACGUCCACGACAAUGCGCUCAUAAAAGCGCGCGACGCCAAUCCUAUCUGCUGUCGACCGUUACUGUCCUCUUGUUCCGUUCCUCGCUGCCGCACUUGAUACCAAUCGAACUCUUGACCAACUGCUACUGCGCUGCGCUCCCGCCCACGGCCUCCAGCUGUUCCACCGACAACAAUUCAGAUCUGUUCCACUAGACAGAGCAGUCAAACACAAUGGGUUCCUCCUCCAAAACGCGGUCCCACUCACAAUCCAAAUCCCGCUCCAUCUCGACCGACAAGUCACGAGCCUACAGCUCCUCGUCAUUAUUCAACCUGACCGUCCUAAUUUCCGGGUCCGGCACCAACCUACAAGCUCUGAUCGAUGCGUGCGGACAAUCCCCCUCGUCCAAUGCCGGCCCUCGAACUCUCCCCAACGCCCAAAUCACCCAUGUCAUUUCGAACCGAAAGGAUGCUUAUGGUUUGGUGCGGGCUCAAGAAGCAAACAUCCCCACGACGUACCAUAACUUGGUAGCAUACAAGAAGAAACAUCCCAACGACGAGGCCGGCAUACAGGCCGCGAGAAGAGAAUACGACACCGACCUGGCCCAGAAGAUCCUCACGCACAUCCCAUGUCCUGACCUCGUUGUCUGCGCUGGCUGGAUGCAUAUCUUGUCCCCGGUCUUCAUCAAUGCGUUGUCUACGGCCAAUGUGCCCAUCAUCAACCUCCACCCUGCCUUGCCUGGCCAAUUUAACGGGGCUAACGCUAUUGGUCGUGCCUACGAGGCUUUCCAGCGCGGCGAGAUCUCAAAAACUGGUGUUAUGGUGCAUUAUGUCGUGGAUGAAGUCGAUAUGGGUCAACCGAUCAUGGUGAGGGAGGUGGAAUGCAAGCCGGGCGAAAGUCAGGCGGAUCUGGAAGAGAGGAUUCAUCAGACUGAGUGGCAGUUACUUGUUGAGGCUACGGGAAAGGUUCUUUCAGAUUUGGAGCAGAAGAGACGUUCGGAAGGUUGAUUUGAACUGGCAGCCAAAGAGGUCAUACCUGCCGGUGCUACUCAAAACAAAAGUCACUCUACCUGAGGCACCGGGAUCAGGACACCGAUCCGUAACCGUAUCUGAUCAGGGAUGAGUUCGCAACUUUUGGUGCUGUUUUGUUCCGGUUCAGGAGAGUUGAAACCUACUGUUUUCUUGUGGCCCCUGUCUGUUUGAACAGGAACUUUUGAUGAUGGUGGAAACUUGAAACUUGAAUUCCACAGGCACCAACAUACGACUAUGGUUUAUUUGUCAAUAGCCCCCUGGAUUCAGAUUCAGGUGAUUCUUCCGGGCAUGGUUUUACGGGAAAAGACAGUGGUGGUUCUGGUUGUCUUGAGAUGAUAUCAAAGCACGAUUCUCUUUUGGGCAAGUCACGUUGAGGCAUUGCUCCGUAUCCUAUGUUUGGGAUGAUGUGGUUUGGUAUGGCAUGGCAUGCCGGACAGGGCAGAGCAGAACAGAACAGUGGAACAAAGCUAAGCAUAAGACCCAACGAGACACACAUUAUGCAUACCCGCUGAAUUAUGAAUGUUUGAGAGCCCAGUCAGUGGCAAGAAGAGAGAGCCAUGCUGGGACACGGAUUCAUGCUUACCAGACAGUGAGAAAGAAGAGUCGAUAUGAGCCGCUACAGUACUAGUAACUGCUAGGACGGUCCAUUACGGGUUCUCCUAGAUGGGUAGAUAAAUAGAUGAAUACACAUACAUGCAUACCUGGUA